UGCAACUGUAGACAACAUCAAGCAACGCUGUACACCAAAAAAAAGAGCGCGCAGUAGAAAGAUUAAUUUUUCAAGUUGUUUACUUUCAAAAUUUAGUUUAAAAUGAGACCACAAAGAUCACCAAUAAAAAGUAAAGCCAAAAAACCAUCCAAACCAGAUACCGACAUUUCAGAUGAUGAAACUCAAUUUCAAUCACCGGAUUUCAAUGAUGGUACUGACUAUGGCCUGGAGUUCACCACAAGCCAUAUUUCACCUCUUCGGCAUCCAAGCUCGACGCUACGCAAGGCUGAUAAGAAUCCGCAACACGAUGCGGCAACAUCCAACUCUGAUGCGGAUGAAGAUUAUUCGUCAUCAGCACGCCGUAAUCAGCAAAUCCUCAGAAAGUCACCUCGCAAGUCUCAUCGACGAGGUCAGAACGAUCCGGAAUCAAGCUACCAUGAAGACCAGGAAAACCAGACGCCGACUAAUACACCCACAAGCCGACCGACCAAUAAGCAAAAAUCAAAUAAUUUUCCGCCGCCGCGUCACCAUGCAAAGUCAGUCCCACAAAAUUCCCAAAUAUCAAAUAAUGAGCCUGAUGAUGAUGAUGAUAUGGAGGAAUCAAGCUGUUUUGAGGAAACCCAGCCGUCACCCAAACCAGCCGUUAAGCAGUCGAAUCAGCGAAAAUCAAUUGCCAUGAAUCGCAAGCGAAAGCAACCAAGGCCAGAGCGUCGGGAAAUUAAGAUGAAUCGUGAGAUAAAUCGAUUGCGGAACAUAACCGAGACUUUCUUGAUACCGCGAUUACCAUUUUCGCGUCUGGUGCGCGAGCUUCUCUUGCAACAGAACUCUGAUGUGCACAUGGUAACUAUGGGUGCCCUGGAAGCUUUGCAGACUGCAUCCGAAAUGUAUUUGACGCAGCGUUUCGAAGAUGCCUAUUUGAUGACCAAAUUUCGAGGUCGUGUUACUCUUGAGGUGCGAGACAUGGCGGUCGUUGCAUAUUUCUGUAAAUCCUAUGGCGGUAUCUAAGACUAUCCAUUAAUUCUCAUUCUCUUUUAUUGUUCGCAUAAGUAUUGCUGUAUAUUAAAGCCCUUUACAUCGUUAUCCAAAAAGUUAUGAAGGUAUUUCACAUGUUCAAUAUUAAUUGUCUUUGUGCCAUCGCUUGAAUCUCAACAAACACAAUAAGAGGCGCGCGAAAUACUUCAUGUAUUGGAAAAAUAGAUUCCAUUAGAAUUUGAAUGUUAUACUUUUGUCAUAUAGCAUUUAUAACUUCGAAGAAAUCUUUAUAAAUUUGAGAGUCGAAAUAAAAUUGUUUAACGAUAAAUUAAAAAAUACCGGUUGUUAUCUCCAAAGUACAUAUGGUUUAUUGUUCAUUCAUCGUUAUUUUUUUUAGAACAUAAGUUCAACAUUCAACAAGCCAUAGAUG